UCAGAGGCACGUCGCACGACUCAUUUAUUAUAAACCGUUGCCAUAGUAGAAUACGUAACUCAGCUGAUGGGGAUUUGUAGUCCCGCUAGACCACGGAUAAACCAAACUAGUACACACGAGCUACGGCUUUGUCAACUUCAAGCGCGAGCUCAGAAAGAAAAAAAGACGGAUGCCAAAUAUCACGCAAGGUGCGCGCUUCCCUUCGCGUGUUUCUACAUCAAGCUUCCUUUGACGGAGUCUAAUUUUCAUAAAAGUUGUUCAUUUUAAUUUAACACCUGCAUUAUGGAGUACUGGAGGCAGUGCAGUCUGUGGCUGAUCAAUUGUAAAGUUUUGCCCCGGAAUCAUCGGGUCACGGCGGACUCGGCGCAGGUUUUUGAUUUGGCCCAAACUCUUCGGGAUGGGGUGCUUCUGUGCCAGCUGCUGAACAAUCUCAGACCAGACACCAUUAACCUGAAGGAGAUCAAUCUCAGACCACAGAUGUCACAGUUUCUCUGUCUGAAGAAUAUCCGUACAUUCCUGUCUGCAUGCUGUGAAGAAUUUGGGAUGAAGAAGAGUGACUUGUUUGAGGCCUUCGAUCUCUUUGAUGUCCGUGAUUUUGGAAAGGUCAUCGACACACUAUCAAAACUCUCAUAUACGCCUGUUGCUCAACAGAGUGGCAUCAGGUCGUUUCCCACAGAGGAAAGCACUGAAAAUGAAGACAUAUACAUCCAUUUGGCAGAUCUCAUCGACGAGGAGCUGGAAGAAGAUGUUUAUGACCCUGUGUAUGGAGACAUUGAAGGAGGAGAGGUGUAUGAGGACCUGAUGAGGACUGAAGCUGCUGUGUCUCAAGCGAAACAGGCCGAGGUGGACAUCAGAAGCUGCUGUCUUUUAGAGAUCAAACAGACAGAAGCCAAAUACACAGAGACUCUAGAGACCAUUGAGAAGUAUUUUAUGAUUCCACUGAUGAAAUUCAUCCCUGCAACAGAUAUUGAUAAGGUUUUCAUCAAUAUACCGGACCUGGUUAAAGUUCACAAAGGUCUAAUGGGUGAGAUCCAAGACUGUGUUCAGAAUAAAAAUGCAGAGAAUCUUCAUCAGAUCUUCAUCACUUACAAAGACAGGCUUCUGCUUUAUGGAAAAUACUGCAGUCAUGUAGAAUCAGCCAUUUCUCUCUUAGACUUCAUCUGUAAGGAAAAAGAGGGCGUUCGACUGAAACUGGAGGAAUGUUCAAAAAGAGCCAACAAUGGGAAAUUCACUUUGAGAGACUUGCUUGUGGUGCCAAUGCAGCGAGUGCUGAAAUACCCACUUCUGCUUCAGGAACUGGUCAAAUAUACAAAUGACGGCCCCGAAAAGAGCAACCUACGAAUAGCCCUUGAUGCUAUGAGAGACUUAGCACAAUAUGUAAAUGAGGUGAAAAGAGAUGUUGAGACCCUGAGGGAGAUUGAUCAGUAUCAGAGAUCCAUUGAGAAUUUGAAUCAGUCUUUACUUUCUUAUGGAAGACCGAAGGGUGACGGUGAAGUGCGUUUGGUGUCAAAUUUGGACAAGCGCAGACAGGACAGACAUAUUUUUUUGUUCGACGCUGCUGUAAUCAUCUGCAAGAGGCGAGGGGACAACUAUGAGAUGAAGGAAGUGAUCGACCUCAGCCAUUUCAAGAUCACCAAUAAUCUCGCUGAUAAGGACUGCAGAAAGUGGUCCAGCGGGUUCUACCUCACCCACCAACAGGGACAGAGUGGAUUUGAGUUCCUAUUCAAGACGAAAGAGCUGAAGAAGAAAUGGCUGGACCAGUUUGAGAUGGCUAUAUCUAAUAUUCGACCAGAAAACGCCACGUUUAACUCUCACCACUUCAGAAUGCACACUUUCGAGAGGGCCACCACCUGCAGCUCCUGUCGUAUGCUACUCAGGGGGAUUUUUAACCAAGGCUACCUUUGUCCUAAAUGUGGAAACGGGGCUCAUAAGGGCUGUCUGGGUAAACUGGGAGUCUGUGGAAGGACAGGUGCUGCAGUUCAGAAACCACAGAGAAAGACAACACCUAGAAAACAAGAAGACCCAGGUUUGCCAAAAAUGCUGGUCAUCAGAGAUUAUUUUGGGGUUUCCAAACCUCAAGGCGGACAAGCGUUGAAUGCUCAGAUUGGUGAUGUCAUAGAGGUCGUCUACGCUGAUCCUCACAGCUCCUGGUGGCAGGGCAAAAUCCUGACGACGCAAGAGACCGGUUUCUUUCCAAGUGAUGCCGUCAAGCCCUGCCCAUGUGUGCCCAGAACAGUCGACUAUUCCUCCCAACCUUGGUUCGCAGGCCCCAUGGAGAGGCAUCACGCAGAGUCUGAGCUCAUGGAGAGAGAGAACAGCACAUACCUGGUGCGAUACCGGAGCCGUGAGAGCAGAGAGUACGCCAUCAGCAUCAAGUACAACAAUGAUGUGAAGCACCUUAAGGUCCUCACUAAGGAGGGCUGUUUCUACAUUGCCGAAAGCAGGACGUUCAAGAAUGUGUUGGGGCUUGUUGAAUAUUACAAACAGCACUCUCUGAAAGAGGGUUUCCGUACUCUGGACACUACUCUGCAGGUUCCCUUUAAGGAACUUGGUACAGGACUCCGUACUGCUGCUCCAGUGCUGUGUGGGCUUUCCGUUUUGAGUCCCACCAGCUACAAUUUUGUUCCUCCCUCCCCCUCACCCUUCUGGUCAGUUUUGACCCCAAGAGUGCUUGGUAUUGCGCUGGCGCGAUAUGACUUCAGCUCGAGGGACACCCGUGAACUCUCACUGCAGGUGGGCGACCUGGUGAAGAUCUAUAUCAAGUGUACCAAUGGAUGGUGGAAGGGUGAAGUCAAUGGCCGGGUUGGCUGGUUUCCUUCAACAUAUGUGGAAGAGGAGGAGUGAACGGCGCAGGAAUUCAUCCUCUAAACUGUGACCACAAUGAACCAGAAGUCGGCUUUGGACAAGAAUGGUAUUAGCGACCAUUGAACUCUUAUAUGAGCGAAGCCCCACAAACACCACAAUUAUCAGGCUCCUCUAAUGGGAUGUGAUGGACUGCGGUUGAUACCUGCAGCGUGACGCAUCUGAGGUCUGUUUAAUUAGUUAUGAAUGUCCCUCGCUGCUCCACAUUCGCUCCAGACGUCUCUUUCUCUCACUCUCUCUCACCCUGUCACCUCCUGAAAUCUUCACACAGGGCCCGGGGCCUCCCUCUCUCCACCUGUUUAAAAUUUAAACUCCAUUUCUGUGCGAAGCCGGACCUCCCACAAACUCAGCAGUGGCAUGCAGAGAGAAAAGCCCUGAGCUGGCCGUUUUUUUCUCCCCCUUCACUAGGCGACCUUUACACGGUGCUUUCAGCUCACCUUGUGCUAUAAUUGAUGAUUUCAUUGGACCGUCUGACUCGACAGAGUUUGGCUGGGGUGAGAUGGAGUGCUGUGCUGUCACGAAACCUUCCUCCUCUUCACAAAUUCUUAGUACUAAUUUUGAAUUACAUGAGACAUAUUUUUAAUAAAACAAGCAAAAAGUUUGUCAUUGUCAUACAAAUUGCAUUAUUCAGGAACUGCAAUUCAUAAAAAGUUUAGUCCACGGGCCUGAUUUAUAAAAAACCCUCCUGAAAGUAAAAGUACAGUAGAAUAAUUAUUUGUUUAUUAUUUUAAUUAUUGCACUUAUAAUAAUUUUAAGUGGUUGAAUUAAGGUCAGUAUUUACAAUAAGUUAAAUAUGUUUACUUAGAGUUUACUUAACAGCUGUACACUUGAAUCUCCCAUCAAGUUUGUUUUUUUAUAGAUCACAACUUUUAUGUGGAAAAAAGUUGUGAACCACCCCUAUUUUUGUUGCAUAUGCCAAGUUCAUAAGUGAGAACCCAGAUUAUAUUUGAAUGUAUAACAAUUAAUCAUUUCUUGAGUAACUUGCAAAAUAAGACAAACUAAAAAAUAUUGUCAGAUUAUCUCAUUUGGAGAUUGCUGAACUCCAGCUUACUUUUUACUUAGUAGAAUAUCAGAUUGUUUGCCAGAUCACAAAUUUUAAGUAUUGCACCAGGCAAAAAACACAUGUUUUUAACAUAAAGGCUCUGAUUGUGGGAUUUAAAGGGCACCUAUUUUACCUUUUUAGCCUCCAGAAUCUGCUCUUUUUUGUGUCUGAAUCAUAGACUGUAAAAUAUGGACGUAGUAUCCUUGAUGUCAUCCAUAGGUUUGUGAAGAACCCAAAAGAAGCUACAAGUUGGCGUGGCCAACUGUCGCCAUUUUGUUUGCACUUCAUCUAAAUGAACCAGGAAUACCAAAUAAGGGCAAAGAGGCGGAGCUACAGACUGCUAUCAUUUUGCUUAGACGGGCUUUACUAUCAGAAAAGCGCUUACUUCGUUACCUGCGACACGUUUGUGUUCUGACCCCAUGCGCUUGGUUGUACACUAUAUCAAUAAAGUGUUGUCUUUUAAAAACACUGUUGCAAUAAAUUGGGCCACCAA